AUGACAACACAAGAUAAAAUUACUAACAAUAAAAGAAAGAAUUUACAACUUUCUAAAGCUCAAGUACUUGAUGCCACUGCCCAGUCUCUUGCUGCCACCACUCAAGCACCUAUUUUUUCCAGCUGUACUAAAAUUCUGACUCUUGCCGAACUCCUUAAAAAAGACAAGUUUAUUGUGUUUCUACGAGAGUUCAAUAAUGAUUCUGUUAAACAUGUGGGUGCCUAUGAAGGCUAUUACUAUUCUCAUUUGCACAUGCUAAUAAAGUACAUUGGGCACCUAUACAAAAGCAAGAAUGCUUCAAGCUGA